CGAUGAACGAAAGUGAAGAGCAGACGCACUUGAAAAUUUGAGACGUUCGAAACCAAAACAAAACAAGGACGUUUGUUGCUCCGACGCACAAGAUAUUUGUGCCAUCGUGCAAUCUUCUCGUUGACAUAUUUGUUCGAAUUCGACAGCAGAAGCAUGGGAAAUGACGGAGGAACCAUUCCGCGGAGGGACGAGUUGGUGCGAUUGAAAAAGAAGAAAGAAAAGAAAGAUAGAGAUUCAGAACUGUCUUUCCGCUGGCGCCACUGCAACAUAACUCAAGAACCUCUGGAGGAACCUAUAUCGGCUUGUGGCCUUGGAAGACUCUACAAAAAACAAGCAGUUAUAGAAGCAUUACUAGAUCGUAAUUUGCUUCCUGAAUCGGCGAGUCACAUCAAGAGUCUUAAGGAUAUCCGUGAUCUUCGUCUCACUCCCAACCCAUCUUUUAAAACUGAUGCCGAAAAAGGUGAUGGUUACAUUGACCGAGCUACAUCACCCUACAUUUGUCCUCUCACUGGUCUUGAGGUGACUGGUAGAUUUCGCUUUAUUUUUCUCUGGAGUUGUGGAUGUGUUUUUGCUGAGCGGGCAAUGAAGGAAGUCAAGGCCAAAAGCUGCCUUAAGUGCCAGGCACCCUUCAAUGAAGAGGACAUCAUCAUCUUAAAUGGAACUGAAGAGGAGGUGGACGGAUUACGAGUGCGAUUAGAAGCCCGUCAGGCUAGAGCAAAGGCAGAAAAGAAGGCUAAAUCAGAAGCCAAAAAGAAACUGAAAGCUGAAGUACAAGAUUCAGGAGUACCAACUGAAUCGAUCCCAUUCCAACCAUCUGUUGCAUCAGCAUCUUCAGUACCCAAGGAGACUCUUUCUUCCGGAACUGCCAAGCUGCCCAGCAGUUCCAAAAUAAUUCCAAGUGCUGCAGCAGGCUCCUCCAAGAUGACAGUCGGGAUGGGUGCCAAGCCCCUUGCAGGUGACAAAAGAUCAGCUACAGAUAAGUUCAAUGAUCCUGCAUUCAAAAAAUCAAGAGAAUCAUACCGGGUUGCUGCCGAUCCCAAGGCAACUGAAGUAUUCAAGUCUUUGUUUACAUCUCACAAGAGUCAUGAGAGUCAAACCAGAGCACAUUGGGUAACAUAUAAUCCGUUUUAUAACUAACUUCCAACAUACAUUAUCUGACGUUAUCAAUACGGGCAUAAAAACUUAUAUUCAUCUUAUUCUAAUUUUUCCAUGGGGAGUGUGAAUAAUUGUUUGAACAGGCAAUAAACAGUUUUCAGUAAUAA